AUGGGACUCAGUGACUUCCUUUUUGCCAUCCCAAGUGCCACCUCCGCUUCCACUGCCUUUAGAGGGGUCAUCAGGGUUGGGGUCUUCUCCUCUUUGCUGUGCCCCAUGUUCCCCUUCGCCCUCUUCAGCCUGUGGAGAGGGGGAGCGACUCCCUCUAAGAGGAGGGACUUCCUCUUCCCCUCCCUUCUUUUCUGCUCGUCCUCAAGACCAAGUUCCGACUUGGACACGUUCAAGUUCCCUUCUGCGUCAGAUAUGUCCGAGAGUAGCACAAGCGAGAGGUGGUGGUCCUUAACAGGGCUGAGGAGUUUUCCUCUGAUCCGGUUGAAACGUUCUUACUCCUGCAAGCCGGAUCGGCGGGAGCACAAGCCGAAGCAAAAGAGGGGAGGGAAACUUUCCAAAGGAGUGGCCUUUAGCGUGGUUGAGGGGGUAGCUGCGGACGAGUGGCUCGUUGAUUCGGGUAGCUCCCAGCACCUAACCGGGGACAAGAGCCUAUUUGACCCUCGAGAUGUUCGGGGGGUGUGGCCGAGAGUUCACGUUCGGGGACAAGGGAACUUUGUGGGCAAAGGGAAGCGGCUCGGUUGA